AUGUUACCAUCUCCAGGAAUCACUGUCCUACUGGCCCUGUCCGUGUUUAUGAGCAUUGUGAGUGGCAUGCUGCCCACGUCAUCAUUAAAUAUGCCCAAUGUCACCAUCUACCUAUUCUUCCUACUCUUCUUGUCCAUGCUGACGGUCAUCGACAGUAUCAUCAUCGUCUACUUGCACCAUAAGGAGGGGGUGAGUUAAUUUGUUGAACAUUGUUGCAGCAUUUUAUUAUCCCCAUGAACUUGUCCCGUCAGUUUAUUUUUUUAUUUUUUUGGACAAACAUUCUGCGUCCAUAUCUCAAGUGCUCGGAGCUGACAUUCUAAAUUGAAGCAAACGAUGCACGUAAAUAAAACAGUUAGUUGUUGUAACAGAAAAUAACAAUUAAAUCUUUUUGGCAAAUGCCUUCAACGCUAUAACAAGAAGACAAUUUCUAUUUAGCAUUAAUAAAAUUUACAUUAUAUGUUGUAUCUAUUUCUACACAUUAAAGAGAUGAAUAAGAAAACAAAUGUUUAGAAAAACAGAAUGGAAGCGGGUGUAAGUACAAUUUAAAAACCAAACAGGACAAAGGCAUUGCAGCUGUGGAGAAUUGUGAAUUUGGUUUAUACCGUAUGGAGUCAACCUAACACAUAAGUCAAUAAAACUUUGUAGUUGUGUAGUAUCCAUGUUGGUAAUUCCUAUACAAUAAUCGAUAUAUUUCUAGUAUUAUUAUUCCUAGAAAGAAUCUUUGUAGCCUUCUCCCCGGAGAUAUUUCAAAUUAAAUCCUAACAUAUGUUGUUUUAACUACACAAAAUAUUUGUGUUUCAUUAAUCCACUUAAAAUAUUUAAAGCUGGCAAACGCCUCUACAAAAUUAAAUAACUUAACCAGCAUGAUGUGGAUACCGAAAUAGAUUAUAAUUAAUUCCUUUUUCAAAUAUUUAUUUGUUCUGAAACAGGAGGAAGCGACCCAUCAGAAAGUCAAGUCGCAGUUCAGAAGCGCGUUGUCAAAAGUUACUAAAAUACGAAAAGUCGUUUCGACAUUUGAGGCACCGGCAACAGAAAACAAGCAAGACUCCGCUAGAAAAGUUCUGUCGUUAUUUGCCUCAAAUGCGUCAUUAUCGGAUAGCAUGCAGCCAUCUUGCGACGAGAAGGGAAAUAAGCGAGCCACGGAGGUGAAACAAGGGGAGGUAACGAAAGUCAACAAGUAUAAACUAAUCGGGAAACACAUUGAUUCUGUGUCGUUUGUUAUUUUCUUACUAGUUUGGUUAGCUGCAACUCUUGGAUUCAUGUUAAAUAUGGCCCUUUCAUAA